AUGUCCAAAAGAGAAAAGUUUGCUGAACUCCGCGCGCUGCGAGCCUCGGGCAAGAAGCGUCUUGACAUUUACCAGAUUGAAGACCCGGGAGCCAUCUACGAUGAAGUUGAUGAGGAGGGUUACAAGAAAGUUGUCAGGGGUCGACUCAAUGAAGAUGAUUUUGUCGUCGAUGACAAAGGAGAGGGAUAUGCUGACGACGGUCGCGAAGAAUGGCAAGCAGAGCGACAAUACUACAGCAGUGAGGAUGAAGGUGACGCACCCUUAAAGGGCAAAGCUGCAAAACGCAAACGCGAAGAAGACCAGGAGAAGAAUGAAAAGACAAAUCACAAGAUCAUGAACUACUUCAGUAACGGUCCAACAAUUGCUGCGCCAAAACCCAAAGUACAGGCGACGGCUGAGGAUGAAGCUUUUAUGGCAGGUCUUUUAGGAGAGGUAGACACGAAUGCUAUACCUGCUCGUUCUCAUGCUCGGAAAGCCAUCAAGUCCGAGACGCGUCGGAAAAUCCGUGUCCUGUCACCUCCACUUACUCAGGAACGUCAGGUAAGGCAUAAAUCGGAUCUGCUGGUCAAUACACCACCGGCCCAGUCAAACUUUGAAGACGAUGACGGGAUUUUCAAUUCAAUGAAAGAUGAAGAUAACGUGCCGAUGAGCGAUCCAUUACCUUCCUCACCAAUCGCCAAAGCAGUCGCAAGGAAAUCACACGCUCAAGUAAAAGUGGAGGAAGACGACGAUGAUCUCAUGGAGUUCGCACAAGCCUUUGGAGACGAGGAUGCCACAACCUCAAACAUCAACAUGAAAGCUAGUCGACCGCCUCCCAAGAUCCAGAUUGCUGGGCUGCCAUCUCCUGACAAUUCGUCUCCGACCUUGCCUCCAGUUACCGACGUAGAUGCUUCAGCAUGGAAGAACAUCACGGCGAAGCUGAACAUCGUGAGCUGUCCUGCUUCAGAUAGUAGAACGUUUGGCAAAAUGCGACCCCAAGACGCUGUCGAAGAUGAUGGUAGUCUACAAAUGUUUUGGAUGGAUUAUACCGAGGUCAACGGCAGCCUCUGCCUCUUUGGCAAGGUCAAGGAUAAGACUACCGGGAAGUAUGUCAGUGCUUUCAUCAAGGUCGACAAUAUUCUGCGCAACUUGUAUUUUUUACCGCGGAAGUACAAGCACCGUAAUGGUCACGAGACUACUGAAGAGGUCGAAAUGAACGAUGUGUACCAGGAGGUUGAUGCCCUGAUGUCGAAGCUCAAGGUGGGCAUGCACAAGAUCAAGCCGUGUACGCGAAAGUACGCUUUUGAGCUCCCAGACGUCCCCAAAGAAGCAGAUUAUCUCAAACUUCUUUAUCCCUACGACAAGCAGGCACUUGCCCUUGAUUCCCAGGGCGAGACUUUCUCCCAGGUUUUUGGCACGAACACAGCACUAUUCGAGCAGUUCGUGCUCUUCAGGAAUAUCAUGGGCCCCUGUUGGCUCCGGAUCGAAGAUGCUGAUUUUACGGCCGUCAAUAAUGCAUCCUGGUGUAAGCUGGAAUGUGCAGUCACAAAGCCAUUGCUAAUCACACCGAUUCCUGAUUCAAAAGACCUUGAAGCGCCACGACUCACGCUUAUGAGCCUGGCCUUGAGGACACAGCUGAAUGUCAAGGAAAACAAGCAAGAAAUACUGAUGGUCAGCGCUAGAGUGUAUGAAGAUGUGUCGUUGACAGAUCCGACACCGCCAGAGAGAUUGCCAUCAACAACAUUCACUGUGAUGCGGCCGUCUUCGUCAUUAUACCCAACGGGAUUCGAGGCCGAAUGCAAGAAACAGCGUGGAACUUUGAUGCUCGAGAAGAGUGAGCAAUUUCUGCUCAGCAGAUUCCUUGCUUUAUUCGAGAGGACCGACCCAGAUGUUCUCAUGGGAUUUCAGCUACAAGAAGUCGAUUACAGUAUUCUGCUAAACCGUUUGCGUGAAAAGAAAACCCCUGGCUGGCAUCGAAUCGGGAGGAUGAAACGUGGAGAUUGGCCUAAGAACUUCAACAAAGGUGGCAGCUCCUUCUUCUCUGAAAGACACCUUCUUGCUGGACGAUUGAUGUGCGACCUGGCAAAUGACAUGGGCAAGUCUCUGAUGACAAAGUGUCAACAGUGGAGCUUGACCGAGAUGUGUCGACUCUACCUUGGUUCAGACAAUAUUCGACAUGACUUGGACAAUGAAGCUGUACUUAAGACAUGGGCCACAACUCGUGAUGGACUUCUGAACUAUGUCGCUCACUGCGAUGCAGACACAUUCUUGGUUGCCGCGUUGGUCCUCAAGUUGCAAAUGCUUCCUCUCACUAAAGUUUUGACGAACCUUGCCGGAAACUCGUGGGCCAGAACGCUCAGUGGCACAAGAGCAGAACGCAACGAGUACAUCCUGCUUCACGAGUUCCAUCGAAACAAGUACAUAUGUCCUGACAAAAUAUAUGGUAAGGGCAAGAUGAAAGUGGAAGAGGAGCCUGCGGAUGGCGAGGAAGGAGCGGAUACUAAGAAGAAGGACAAGUACAAAGGUGGUCUAGUCUUUGAGCCAGAGAAGGGCCUUUACGACAAGUAUAUCCUGGUCAUGGAUUUCAACAGCUUGUACCCAAGCAUAAUCCAGGAGUUUAAUAUAUGCUUCACUACUGUCGAUCGCUCGGGGAACUCGGAGAACGAGAAUGAAGAGAAGAUCCCUGAGGUUCCUGUCAGUCAAGCACCAGGUGUACUUCCAAAACUCAUUGCGACGCUGGUCAACCGACGAAGAGAAGUGAAGAAGCUCAUGAAGGAUAAGCACGCAAGCGCUGAGCAAUUAGCCUUAUGGGAUACCAAGCAAAUGGCGUUGAAACUGACUGCCAAUUCCAUGUACGGUUGUUUGGGAUAUACACAAUCCCGGUUUUAUGCUCGUCCAUUGGCCAUGCUCACGACAUUUAAGGGUCGAGAAAUCCUGCAAAGCACUAAGAAAUUGGCGGAAGACAGCCAGCUGCAGGUCAUUUAUGGUGAUACCGACUCUGUCAUGAUCAACACAAAUGCCACCAACAUCGCUGAAGCUUUAAAGAUGGGACACGAAUUCAAGCGAUCUGUCAACGCUCAGUAUGGCCUUCUUGAGAUCGAUAUAGACAACAUCUUCCGUCGUCUACUGCUGCAUGCAAAAAAGAAGUAUGCCGCGAUCAACAUGGUCGAAGUUGAUGGAAAGUUCGUGGACAAGCUGGAAGUCAAAGGCCUUGACAUGAGGCGUCGUGAGUAUUGCGCCUUGUCAAAAGAGAUCUCGGAGCGGCUACUGAAUGAGAUCCUGUCGGGUGACGAUCCAGAACUCGUUCUCGAAAAAAUUCAUGAGUAUCUGCGGGAAAUAUCAGGGAAAAUGAGGCAAAACGAUGUACCAGCCCGAAAGUACAUCAUAUACACCAAACUUGGCAAGAAUCCAAAAGAGUAUCCGAAUGCUGAGUCAAUGCCUCAAGUACAAGUUGCACUGCGGGAGAUCACACGAGGCAAGACCAUCAGAGUCAACGACGUAAUGUCGUACAUCGUGACCAUGGGUGAUGAGCACACCAAGGGUCUUCCGGCCCCUAAACGGUCUUAUACUCCCCAAGAUGUCCUCAAGGCGGAUUCUGGUCUGCAGCCAGACAUCGAGUACUACUUAUUGAAGCAGAUCUUCCCUCCUAUUGAGCGUCUAUGCGCACCAAUCCCCGGUACCGAUUCAGUCCGACUCGCCGAGUGUCUCGGCCUCGACACGAGAAAGUACCAGAUCAACACAUCCGGCAGCAACAACCAGCAAAACGCUGAGAUCUUUCCCCUCGAGUCCCAGAUACCCGAGAGUGUUCGCUUUCAAGACGCCGCACGCUUCACUCUCCGCUGCAGAUCCUGCCAAGAAAGCGCCAUUUUCGAAGGCCUCUGCGCCUCCACCUCUAUGUGUUCCCCCACGGGGCUCAUCUGCACGAAUCCUUCAUGCCAGAAACCUUUCUCCACCAUCUCACUCAUCGCCCAACUCGAAUCCCAAAUCCGAGCCCAAACCACCCAAUAUUACGCCGGCUGGCUCGUCUGCGACGACCCCUCCUGCGGCAACCGGACCCGCCAGAUCUCCGUGUACGGCCAUCGCUGCCUGGGACAGAGGGGCCGAGCCGAGGGCUGUCUCGGUCGAAUGGGGUACGAGUACUCCGAGAAGCGGAUCUAUAAUCAAUUGCUGUAUUUUGCCGGGUUGUGGGAUGUGGAUAAGGCGAAGGAGAAGGUGAGGCUAGGAGGCAAGGAGUUUGAAGAUGUGAGGGAGAAGGUCAGCGUGUUGGCGGAGAGUAACCGGGCGUUGUUUGGGGUGGUGCGGGAGGUGGUGGAGGGGUAUCUCAGGAAGUGCGGCAGACAAUGGGUGGAUAUGGGAGGAUUGUUUGGCUUUGCAGCUAGAUAA